ACCUCUUGCCUCAGUUAUUUCUUCCAACUUAGGAGUAGCGAGAAACUCCUUCACCCCUUCGUCCGGUUCUGUUUGACACUUCGAGGGCAAGAUUAAGGGCAGUUAGUUCAUCGAACAACAUGGCUUCGAAGAUGAUCCCAGUAGCCCUUGCGGCACUUCCGCUCGCCUCUGCAGGAAGAAUCCCUUCCCUCUUUUCAAACACCACUGCCACAUGCUCAAGCCCCAUGGAUAGCUGCUCGUCAAACGCCGACUCUGCCAACUCUUGCUGCGUCAACACACCCGGCGGCCUAUUCCUCCAGCCACAGUUCUGGGACACAGACCCUGUGACUGGGCCCGAUGACUCCUGGACAAUCCACGGACUAUGGCCUGACAACUGUGACGGAACCUACGAGGAAAACUGCGACUCGUCCCGCGAGUACUCUGACUUGACAAGCAUUCUCGAGAGCAACGGCAAGUCAGACUUAGUGGACUUCAUGAAGGAGUACUGGCAGUCCAACAACGGAUCGCCCGAGUCAUUCUGGGACCACGAGUGGUCGACACACGGAACAUGUGUCAGCACCAUCAACCCCGAGUGCUACUCAGAUUACACAGAAGGCCAGGAAGCUGCGGACUACUUCCAAGUCGCCGUGGACCUCUUCAAGUCCCUAGAUACCUACGGAGCGCUAAGCUCUGCCGGUAUCACGCCCUCAAGCUCCCAGACCUACACCUCCAAGGAGAUCCUCGACGCUCUCGAGCAAGUCACAGGCAUGCCCGUCGUUAUCUCCUGCAGCAGUGGUGAGCUGUACCAGGUGUACUACGGAUUCUACGUCAAUGGACCUUUGCAGAACGGAGACUUCGUCCCUGCUCAAGUUGCUGGCCAAAAGUCCAACUGUCCCGAUAGCGGCGUCAAGUACUUGCCCAAGAACUAGAUGGCACGCUCUCAAAUGUCAAAGGCUACUUAGAUGAAAGUCUGCUGGAAACGCAAUGGGAGUCGGAAAUCAUCUACUUGUCACAUAAAGGCAGCACACUCUGUAUAUAGCUCGGUGAUGGCCUCGCAGGGGCCUA